CGGGCGGCCCCUCGCUUCCCGCACGGCCGCGGCCGGUAACGCGGGCGGGCCGGAUCCGCUCCGCCGGCCCCCCCUGGCCCCGCUCGGGCGGGCAGGGUGCGCCCCCGCCGUCCCCUCCCGCUCGCCCCCUUCGCUGGCGGGAGCCCUCGGCGCCCGGCUCCAUGGCUGGGCGAGGGCAGCCAGGCAGAAGAGCGCUCUUUCCGCUGGCGGCCGUCAGAGCAUGACCUAACUCGCCAUGAACUUGGAAGGGCUCGAAAUGAUAGCAGUUCUGAUCGUGAUCGUGCUUUUUGUUAAAGUGUUGGAACAGUUUGGGCUGAUUGAAGCAGGUUUCGAAGACACUGUAGAAGAUGAAAUGGAAAUGGCCACAGUACGACACAGACCUGAAGCUCUUGAACUGCUGGAAGCACAGAGUAAAUUCACAAAGAAGGAACUUCAGAUCUUAUAUAGAGGUUUCAAGAAUGAGUGCCCCAGUGGCGUUGUCAAUGAAGAAACCUUUAAAGAGAUUUACUCUCAGUUCUUUCCCCAGGGAGAUUCCACAACUUAUGCACAUUUUCUGUUUAAUGCAUUUGACACUGAUCAUAAUGGAUCUGUAAGUUUUGAGGAUUUUGUAAUGGGUCUUUCAAUUUUACUCCGAGGGACAGUACAGGAGAAACUGAACUGGGCUUUUAAUUUGUAUGAUAUAAAUAAGGAUGGAUAUAUAACUAAAGAGGAAAUGCUUGAUAUCAUGAAAGCAAUAUAUGAUAUGAUGGGGAAAUGCACCUAUCCUGUUCUCAAGGAGGAUGCACCUAGACAACAUGUGGAAACAUUCUUCCAGAAAAUGGACAAAAACAAAGAUGGAGUAGUUACCAUAGAUGAAUUCAUUGAGAGCUGCCAGAAAGAUGAGAAUAUAAUGCGAUCCAUGCAGCUCUUCGAAAACGUGAUUUAAUGAAGACAUAAGGUCUACAUAUAAUGGACAAAAAUGAGCUAUUCUGCAACAUUAUCUAAAAGAUGGAUUUCCCACUUUAUCAUUAAUAAAAUUACUCAGCUUUAUACUGAGGCAUGCAUUAUGCAAAUAGAUUUUUUUAUUAUAAAAUUUUCCCAACAAAAAAAAAUUCUAAAUUAGAAAAUUUAGCACUUCGACAGUAGCUACUUAGUUAACAGGAUUGUUCUGAAAAGUCAGGUUUUUACUGAAAACCCAAAAAGAAUCAGACCCAACAUUAUGCAGCUUUAUUAUCAUUCCAACCCCUAGAUAAAAUAGAUACUAUCACAGAGAUUAAAUAAAUACUCUUAGUUCUGCUACUUAUUUGUACUGGAUUAAGCUCCAGGUGUUUGAGUGCAUUUCUUAAAUCUUAGCUUCUAAUUUAUACAGAGGCUUUACCAUGUGUUUUCUUUUCACACUUCUGUGGCCUAGUCCUCAUUUUUUUAAUAAUACUUUGUGUUAAAGUGCUAUAAUGAAUGUGCAAUGCACAUCUUGCUGCAAUUGCCUUCCACCUUUGACUUGC